UUUAAUCCCCACAAAACGACUUCAUUUUCACGUAAUCGUCAUACAUAUAUAUAAAUACAAUGUUUAUAUAAAGAUACAAGAUUUCAUUUGGGUUUUUCUUCUUCUUUAAUACCCACAUCGUAUAUAUACAACUUAACCCCCUCACAAUCUACCAAAAACUAAAAGAACCCACCUUUCAUAUUUCAGAGUACUCUGUUUUCUGCCACAAAGCAGACAACUUCAUUUUUAACAAGAUGCUAAGUUCUUCUACUGAGUCAUCAAAAGAGGAAGCUAGUCCACUGAGUCACCUCCUCAGCAGCAUCUCUUCCUACGACAGCAAUGUAAUGCUCGCCGCAGUCAUCUCACUUCUUCUCGUCAUCCUCUUUGUCUUGCUUCUUCACAUCUAUGCCAGAUGGUUCUUGGCUCAAGCUCGCCGGCGGCGCCAAAACUCCAUCUCCAUCUCUCAUGUUCUCCGACCUCCCGCUAGAUUCCACCAUUUCCAUUCUUUCAGCUUCGACGCCUCCUCCCUCUCCAACACUCCAUCAAAAGGUCUUGACUCCUCUGCCAUUUCGUCUCUUCCUCUCUUCUUUUACAGCUCAAAUGGGUUGGAGUUGGAGUGCGUCAUCUGCUUGAGCAACUUUGAGGAAGGUGAUGCUGGGAGGAGUCUGCCGAAAUGUGGACAUGGGUUCCAUGUCGAGUGCAUUGAUAUGUGGUUGAAAUCUCAUACGAGUUGCCCCAUUUGCAGAGCUCCUGUUGUGACCGUCAGUGAGAGCAAGAAUGGAGGCAAUGAAAAUCAUGCAGACCCAGAUGGAAAUCCGAGUGGAGAGCUUGUAGUGGAGGUGGUGAUGAGCAUUGAUCGCCAUGAUCGUGGAGUUGGUGAGGUUGAUGAUGAGGAGUUGCAGAGAGGGAGUAGUGAUGUACCGAGUUCUGAUCAGAGUAAUCAAAACGAAGGUGUUAAUGAGAUUAAUGACUCUUUAUGUUCAUCAUCAUCAUCAUCAUCAUCUUCUUCUUCUUCUGCUCUGGGUCUGUCAUCGUCAUUGAUUGGAUGUUCUUUGAAGAGGAUGUUGAGUAGGAACAGAUCGGAGAGGAAAAUCUUUUCAUCAUCUAAUGCGAGUGAAUCAGAUGUUUAGAGUAGACAGAUGUAGAGAAGGAGAGAUUGAUUGCUUCUUGUUCAAUUUUUUGGUCAACGUUUCCGUUCAAUUCCCAGCAUUUUGUAAAGCAAGAACAUGUACAGAUUGCUUCAAAAAAAUGAAGUGUUAUAUCAUCUUCAUUUCCUCUCAGAAUUUCUGUACUGGGUGAAGUUAUACUGAUUUCAGAAUCAAAGUUUCACUUGUAAGAUGUUUGGUUUAAUUAUACAAGU